AUGGCCAUCUCAUGGCCACGGUUCUGGGUUGAUCAUUCACGAGGCUUCAAUUACAAUCUAACAUGGCAGGAAAGGCGAAAUUUGGUCCUCUCAUCAGUCGAGGCAGCAGGCUUCGGAUGGUGGAUUGUGUUUGUCGCAGGCAUUGGCUUCUUGACUGAUGCCUACGACAUCUUCUCCAUCAACACCAUCAUAUCAAUGCUCUCCAUCAUCUACUGGGAAGGCAGCAUCCCCACCAGCUAUCAACUCGGCAUGAACACUGCCACCCUCCUAGGUUCCAUGAUCGGACAGAUCGUCUUUGGAUUCUUGGCGGAUCGCUACGGCCGAAGGAAGAUGUAUGGGUUGGAGCUCAUUGUCACCAUUGCGGCUUCCUUGGGAUUUGCGACUGCCUCAACGGGAGUAAACGGAUCCAUGUCACUCAUUGCCUUGCUCAUCUUUUGGAGGCUGAUCAUGGGGAUUGGGAUUGGGGCCGAUUACCCUCUCAGUGCUGUCAUCACUGCAGAGUUCGCCCCCACAAAAUACCGAGCCCGCAUGCUGGCCGCCGUUUUCUUCUUCCAGCCCCUGGGCCAAUUAAUCGCCGUCCUAAUGGCCUUUGCCGCAACCGCUGGCUUUAGUUCUUACAUCUCCUCGAUUCCCACUUCAGCACCCCCCGAUAUGGCUUGCUCCGUCUUCACGAAAGAUGCCGCCGGUAUAGAAUGCGCACGGACGGUUGAUAGAGCAUGGAGACUAGUUGCAGGCCUCGGCGCUGUGCCAGCAGCCGUCGCCAUGGUAUUCCGACUUACGAUUCCGGAGUCCGUGUAUUAUAUACUCGAUAUCAAGAACGACAGUAAUGAAGCUAUGCACGCGAAGGAUUAUUUCGGGUCCCGUGAAGAUCUUGGGCAUGAUGAUCGAGACUCAGUACGCAUGGAUGAAUUUGAACAUAGCCCUAAAGCUGCCACGAACGGACAUCAUAUCGCUACUGAGCUCCAACUGCCUCAACCCGCCCUUCAAUCUAGGUUGCAUGGACAAGGGCUAUCCGACGAUUCAGCCGCUAAUUCCAUUGGGCCAACAGUCGAAGAGCUCGAAGACCCCCACCCAUCUCAGGCAUCACGCGCCGACUUAUACAAGUACCUUUUCACAGACGGCAACUGGACCGACCUAUUCGCCACAGCCGUAAAUUGGAUGCUUCUAGAUUUCACGUUUUACCUUCUCGGCGUCAACAGCUCAAGUUUUAUUCCGAGAAUGUUUGGGCAGAAACCUGGAGACCAAUUACAGCCAUACAACUGGCUGGUCAACAACGAGAGACAUAUCAUAGAAUCGACUUCCAUUGGAGCUUUGGUUGGUAGCGCUAUGGCCAUUUUUGCGAUGCAUCUCUUUAGUCGGAAGAGGAUCCAGAUGUGGGGCUUCUUGAUAUUGGGGGGAUUGUUCAUCUUGGUUGGGGCGUUGUACGUCACGCUGCCGAGUACGAACGCGCAUGUGGCAAUUGUGGUGUUUUAUGGUAUAUGUCAGCUGUUCUACAAUCUCGGUCCGAACACCACCACUUUCAUCAUCCCAGCCGAAGCAUUCCCAACCCGCUACCGCUGCACCCUCUACGGCAUCUCCGCCUCCAGCGGCAAGCUUGGCUCCGUGCUCGGCCAGAUUGUUGUGAUCAAAGUUCAAAGUAAUAAACGGCUAGGAAUAACCCUAAUAUUAUUCGUGCUCGUAAUGCUCGUCGGUGCCACUCUAUCUCAGUACUUGACCCCGGAGACCAGCGAUAUCCACGGUAAAAGUCGCAAGUUAGAAGAUCUCGCUCAAGGGAAAUCUCAUCGGAGAGAUAUGGAGCGCGAGGAGCGGGAAGAACGGGAUGCUGAAAGAUCUCGGCCGAAGCAACAAUAA